UCUCAUCCCUGCUCUCCCCUUCCCCUCCUCCAGGACUCUCCUCCCACAUCUCCACCUUCCCUCUAUUGCCUCUCUGCUUUUGUACUCUCCCCUUCUCCCCACCCUCCUUCCUCCCCACUCCUCUCCAGCUCAAUAUGGCGAAAUCCUAUGAUCAUCUCUUCAAACUUCUACUCAUUGGGGACAGCGGGGUGGGGAAGACCUGUCUGAUCGUCCGCUUCUCAGAGGACAGCUUCAACAGCACUUAUAUUUCCACCAUAGGGAUCGACUUUAAAAUCCGAACCACAGAAAUCCAGGGGAAGAAGAUUAAGCUUCAGGUCUGGGACACAGCUGGACAGGAGAGAUUUAAAACCAUCACAACGGCUUAUUAUCGGGGGGCCAUGGGGAUAAUUCUGGUUUAUGACAUCACUGAUGAGAGAUCCUUUGAAAAUAUUCAAAACUGGAUGAAGAGUAUUAAAGAGAAUGCAGCAGCGGGAGUUGAGAGGAUGCUCCUUGGUAAUAAAUGUGACAUGGAGAACAGACGGAAAGUCCAGAAGGAGCGAGGGGAAAAGCUUGCUAAGGAACAUGGCAUCCGCUUCUUUGAAACCAGCGCCAAGUCCAGUCAGAAUGUGGAUGAGUCUUUUAACACACUGGCCACGGAUAUCUUAGUGCAGAUGUCACGGCGAGCGGCUCACGGCAUGAAAGAUCCAGUGGACUUAAAAAGUUCCUCUAAGAAAGGCAGCAACAAGUGUUCUGUGAUAUAAAGGCCCGUCGACGUGGAACGCCCCCAUUAUUACAUGGCGUGGAGGGGCCAAGAUCCAGACUCUUAUUCCUGAAAGAGAUUUAGAACCUGCCAACAAAGAGAUUCACCGGUGUCACCCUAUUUCUCCGAUACGUCUCUGACAGAAACCGGGAGCGCCUUUUAUUAUCAGCCCCCCACACCUGAAGAAAGAUCUGGAGCGUUCAUAUAGACAUCAAAUAGCGUGGGUCCCGCCAUCUUUAGUCCUUGGUAUGAAGACUGCAGAGGGCGCAUUGAUCUAGAAACCGAGGGCCACUGAUUGUUGGAAGGUGGCGUAGACAGAACGGCCGCUGGCACAGAUCAAGCUGGCAGCGGUACCCAGAGUAUUUUCUUAUUGUGUCCUGCACAACUGCAGUAUUACCAGAGGAGGGCACCGGGGCGGAGGGGGAACCAUGUUACACUGUACAUAGGGGGAUACUCCCAUCUUAGGGGGUGCUAGUACUGUGAUCCUCUUACUGUAAACUGCAGGAGCACAUAUAAAAAAGAAAUAGAAUUUACUAACAGAGAUUUGAUAUUGAGGUGGAUAAUCUUAUCUUAGAAUGUUAUUAGGAGGUGAGGAAUGUUUUAUAGGCAAGUCUUUGAAUGUGUCGGCUGUACGGCAGUUACAACGGGUCUCCGGUUGAUGCAUAGGCACGGCAUGCUGGGACUGCUAGUUCUACAACAGAGACGGGUUGUCAGACUCGUGUCAUGGAGCAGAUUGUUUCCACACCUACAACAUUUCUACUGCAGCGGUAUUCAACAUGCGGCCGACCAGCUGUUGUGGAACAACAUAUCCCAGCAUGACCUGCCGAGGUUUAGCAGGAAACUGUGGCAAAUAAUUCUGGGAUGUGUAGUUCCACAACGGCUUGAGGGCUGCCUGUUGACUACCCUUGUUUUACUGCAUAUUACCCCAGAGCUGAUAAACAAAUAAUUCCGUGUCCUCUGCGAUUACCGCUGCUGUGACGUAGUAAAGAGCGCGCGGAAAUGCUCCAUUUAAGCUCGAGGGUGGAUAUUCGUUUUGAAUACGUCAUUGAACUGUUCUAUGAAAAUGUAACUUUUCAUGUAUUGUGGGCCUGAUUCUGCGAUGCACGUAAUGCGUACGCAAUUCUGGAUGCCUGCUGUGUACAGGAUCCUAAUACGACUGUGCCCCCAUGUUCUAAGUCGGAGGCAACGGCUCCGCUCCAGUCCUCGAGAGCAGACAUUUCUAGGUGCAGGAGAUGAAACUGAAUUCAGCGUGCACUGAGCAUACGUAGAACACAUACAUGCUGAGUAGACGACACGUGUGCUUCUCCUAGGAACGAACACCCUGGUGCCGCCCAGUAACACGCACUCAGCGCUCGCGGAGAGAUUACUGGAGUCAGAAUUGCGUGUAAGUACUUAAAGAUGCUUUUGUAUCCCGCGACAUGCGCGCAGUUUGCUAAAGAUUGCUAGAUGCAGUUGGAACUUGCGACACAGAAUCGGGCCCAGCACUAAAAUGUCAAAUGAAUUAAUGAAUGCCUGCAUGCAGGGUAAAUACUGGCUGCUUCUGCAUGUAGACCGCAAAUACUGGGCAGCUUUAUUCUUACACUGUAAUUUAGAUCUGGACGCGUCUGUCCCAAACACAACCCCCCCCCCCCCCUCCCCCCACUGCGGUCUUACCAAGGGGCAAAGUUACUGGCUCCUUUUGGUUUGCACCCACCUUAGAAUCAGCCACUAAGCGAGCGGAGCGUUGCGGCACUGAUACAGAUGCGGGAGGAGCCUGGAAACCCCAGGCGAGUCAUAUUCGCGCAGCAGGGUUCAGCUUAAGUUAUCCUUUAACUGCCUACUCCAGCACUGCACAGAGCAGAAGGGGAAGACAGUGAUUGGGGUGUUCGGAACAAGCCGUCUGAGCCAAUGAAAACAGUCCAUUUCUAGAACUGCGGAACGUACCCGUACUUAUUGGUUGGUAUUGGAUCACUGUAUGUGAGUUACGGAUACUGGUAAAUGAAGGUGUUUUGCUAACACGUAGAGUCCUCUCAUUGGAGCGCGCUCUACUUUGUAUCAUAAAAUACAUUUUUGCAACAUU